CUCUUCCCUCCCUCCGGCUAAAUCUGACAACUGAAACCUCCGUUAUUUAUUUAUUUUUCUUUUUUUACAAAGAACCCUCCUUAUUACGCUCCAGAAAUUUCUAAACUGCAAUACAGCUCUGCUACUGACAAUUAGCUAAGCUCAGUGUCUAUCAAUACUCCUUGAAGGUUGUGUGUUUGACAUAAUAAAGAAGUAUGGACAAAUUGAAAAUAUCUCAAUGGGGCGAACGGUUGAAGACAGGCGGGGCACAGAUGAGUCGAAUGGUAAGCGAUAAGGUGAAGGAAAUGCUGCAAACUCCAACACCUGAAUCAAGGAUAGUUGAUGAGGCAACAUCAGAGAUGCUGGAGGAACCAAAUUGGGGUAUGAAUUUGAGGAUAUGUGCAAUGAUUAAUAGUGAAGAGUUUAGCGGGACCGAGAUUGUUAGAGCUAUAAAAAGAAAGAUUUCUGGCAAAAAUUCAGUCAGUCAAAGGUUGAGUCUUGAUUUGUUGGAGACUUGUAGUAUGAAUUGUGAGAAGGUGUUUUCUGAAGUUGCAGUUGAGAAGGUUUUGGAUGAGAUGGUUAAGAUGAUUGUAAAUCCACAAGCGGAUCAGGGGAAUAGAGAUAGAGCUUUGCAGUUGAUUAGGGCUUGGGGACAGUCUGAGGAUCUUGAGUAUCUGCCAGUGUUUCGACAAACUUAUAUGAGUUUGCAAGGAAGAAAUUUGCCUCCACCAGGAGAAGCUGGGGAUUCACCUCCCAUGCAAUAUACUCUGGAGUCAUAUAUUCAUCAGCAACCACUGUCUCACCCAGAAAGAUAUCCUAUUCCUCAAACAGAAUUUGAUGUUCAAAACCAUACUACUUCGAGAUUUAAUAGUGGGAGCUUAUCAGUUGAAGGAAAGAAUGAAUAUCUCGCGACAAUCCGGAACAGCCUUGAACUUCUCUCUAGUAUUCUAAAUUCUGAUACUGAACCAAAACCCAUAAAGGAGGAUCUGACAGUGAGCUUAUUGGAGAAUUGCAAGCAAUCACAGCCUGUCAUACAGAGGAUCAUACAGAGCACCACAGAUGACGAGGCAGUGCUAUUUGAGGCACUUGCUAUCAACGAUGAGCUUCAACAAGUCAUCUCCCAAUAUGAGAAGCUAGAAGCUGGUCUAAAAUCUGGAGAGAAGCUCCCUGAGAGUUCUGAUAACACCAAGGAACUGGAAGCUGGUCUAAAAUGUGAAGAGCAACUCCCUGAGAGUUCUGAAGACACCGAGGAGGAUAAUUUGCCUGUGCAGGCUGGACAUAAUAAAAAUGAAACCAAGACAGCAGAUCCCCAAAAAGAGAGCAGCAAUGAACCUAGCAGCAGCAGCAGUUAGUAAGAUAAAUGGUGUUUGAAAAAUCGGGAUCUGGAGGGUCUGAAUGCAGGUUUAUGCUAUAUGCAAAAUUAAUACAUCUCUUAGUCCCUGAUUUCUCACACUGAUCUGUGUUUCCCUUCUUGCAGUGUAUUUGUUAACUUAAUAAUUAGGCUAUUGUAAUUAGAUUGAGCCUUCUGUAACUGAGGUUUUCCUUUUUAGCAAAUGAGUUAUUUGUUUGGUUUA